GAUAGUAUCGAUAUUUAGAUCGAUACGCCCAGCCCUACUGCUGAUCUUAUUGGACCGUUUUAGGAGACAGAGCUCGAGGACAAGAGAGGAAUGGAGGAGGACAACCACAACCAGGAGCAGCGAAGCAACAAGGUCCCCAGAAGACCAGCAGCAGACUGGGACUCUGAUACCAACGAGGUCCCCAGGAGACCAGCAGCAGACUGGGACUCUGAUACCAACGAGGUCCCCAGGAGACCAGCAGCAGACUGGGACUCUGAUACCAACGAGGUCCCCAGGAGACCAGCAGCAGACUGGGACUCUGAUACCAACGAGGUCCCCAGGAGACCAGCAGCAGACUCGGACUCUGAUAACAGCCAUGUUCAGAAAAGGAGAGGAGGAAAGGGACCCAAACGUCACCAAUGUCAACACUGUGACAAAUCCUUCACAACAUCUGAAUAUUUAAAGAUUCAUCAGAGAAUUCACACUGGAGACAAACCUUACAGCUGUGAUCAAUGUGGGGCAGCUUUCACAAUACAGAGUUGCCUAAAAAACCAUCAACGCAUUCACACUGGAGAUAAACCUUACAGCUGUGAUCAAUGUGGGGCAGCAUUCAUACAACAGAGUACCCUAAAAAGCCAUCAACGCAUUCACACUGGAGAUAAACCUUACAGCUGUGAUCAAUGUGGGGCAGCUUUCGCACGACAGAAUACCCUAAACAGACAUCAACACAUUCACACUGGAUAUAAACCUUACAGCUGUGAUCAAUGUGGAGCAGCUUUCCCACGACAGGGUUCCCUAAAAAGCCAUCAACGCAUUCACACUGGAGAUAAACCUUACAGCUGUGAUCAAUGUGGUAAAACCUUUUCUUGUAGUAGUGAGCUAGUAAGCCACCGACGUGGUCACACUGGAGAGAAGCCAUACUGGUGUGAACAAUGUGGAAAAAUGUUUUCUGAGAGUGGUAGCCUUAAAACUCACCAGCGCAUUCACACUGGAGAGAAGCCAUACUGGUGUGAACAAUGUGGAAAAAUGUUUUCUCGGAGUGGUAGCCUUAAAUCUCACCAGCGCAUUCACACUGGAGAGAAGCCGUACUGGUGUGAACAAUGUGGGAAAACCUUUUCUCAGAGUAGUAACCUUAAAUCUCACCAGCGCCUUCACACUGCCUCGUACUCCUCCGUCUUCUUCAUGCACAGCUCCUUGUUCCUCACACCACCAUCAGUGUCUAGACUCCAAUGUCCCCCCAUGAUCGCUCCGGCCCUCGCCGCUGCUGCCUGCUCCGGCCCUCGCUGCUGCCCGCUGGUCAAACUAACCUGUACGGCGUUCAUCUCUCCCCCGCCCACCGAGGGCCGGUGGUCUACUACAUCUCCCAGUGUCCCAGGUCGCCGGCAGAUUCCGUCUGCAAAAACCAACUUCCCCGCCCCCAGACUCGCUGCUGCUGCUUCUUCUUCUUCUGAUUUUGGCAGUAUAGACGCUGUUAAGCGUAUUCCUGCCCUCCAAAGAAUCCAGAGCGAGUCCAGCAGCCCCAGUGGAGAUCUGAGAGGAAUGGAGGAGGACAACCAGAACCAGGAGCAGCAGAGCAACCAGAUCCCCAGGAGACCAGCAGCAGACUCAGACUCUGAGACCAACGAGGUCCCCAGGAGACCAGCAGCAGACUGGGACUCUGAGACCAACGAGGUCCCCAGGAGAUCAGCAGCAGACUGGGACUCUGAGACCAACGAGGUCCCCAGGAGACCAGCAGCAGACUGGGACUCUGAUACCAAAGAUGUUCAGAAACAGAGAGGAGGAAAGGGACCCAAACGUGACUACUUUGACAAAUCCUUCACAUCAUCUGAAUAUUUCAAGAUUCAUCAGAGAGUUCACACUGAAGACAAACCUUACAGCUGUGAUCAAUGUGGGGCAGCUUUCACACAACAGAGUAAUCUAAAAAUCCAUCAACGCAUUCACACUGGAGACAAGCCGUAUAGCUGUGAUCAAUGUGGGGCAGCUUUUGCACAAAAGGGUAACCUAAAAAACCAUCAACGGAUUCACACUGAAGAAAAGCCGUACAGCUGUGAUCAAUGUGGGAAAAACUUUUGUGAGAGUGGCCACCUUAAAAGACACCAGCGCAUUCACACUGGAGAGAAGCCGCACAGGUGUGAUCAAUGUGGGAAGACUUUUACUGAGAGUAACCACCUUAAAAGACACCAGCGCAUUCACACCGGAGAUAAACCUCACAGCUGUGAUCUGUGUGAGAAAACGUUCAAAACUCCAGAACAUGCCGAAAGCCACCGACGUGUUCACACCGGAGAGAAGCCCUACUGGUGUGAACAAUGUGGGAAAACCUUUUCUCACAAUAGUCACCUUACAACACACAAGCGCAUUCACACGGGAGAGAAGCCGUACAGCUGUGAUCAAUGUGGAAAAACUUUUGCUCAGAGUAGUGACCUUAAAAAACACCAGCGCAUUCACACAGGAGAGAAGCCGUACUGGUGUGAACAAUGUGGAAAAACCUUUGCUCAGAGUAGUAGCCUUUACUCUCACCAGCGCCUUCACACUGCCUCAUAGUGAACAUGUUUCAGAGUAGGGCUGUGCAGUUAAUUGAAAUUUAUGCUAUGUUUACACGUGGCCGGCUAUUUUCAUAAACAUUUCAACCUCUCCGUUUUAAAAAAUAACGUGCACAGCGGUCAGUUUUCAGAAAAGUGUUUGUUUACACGUACCCGUGUAUAUA